GCCCACUUCUCUCUCCCUCCAUCCGCUAUUCACAUCCAGUUCUGUGUUAGCCGUUGUGUGUAGCGGUCGUGUCUGCCUGUCUGUCUGUGUCUGUGUGUACAUCUGUGUUACGUGUGGUUAGAGGAGACGUGCCCAUUGCUGUGGUGAGAAAAGCAGAUUCAACACAGUCACCACCACGACCGCCUUCAUAAACAACAACAACAACAACAACAACAACAACAACAGGAGCUUCAAUAUGUUACUCCCACUCCUGUUCGCCUUUGCAGUGGUGUCCGUACAUUCUCAAGGAGUAAGCGACUACCCCGAAGGCUACUACCCCUUUGAGGAGGCCCCGGGUAAAAUUCCCCCCCGAGUAAGGAAGCCGCCCUACCUUCAGUCAACGGUCCCCUGCGCAGGCACACUAGAAACCCCCGAGGAAGCGAGACAGUCACUGGACAACCUUUGCGGCGAUCUCAAUGACGGCCUGCUGCCCCUCAACCCCCUGGGCCAGAGUCUGCACGGCGCUUCCUACCCCUUCGGCCUCAUCAAGAACAAAACCCUGGACUUCUUCAGCCGCACGUUGCCCAUUCUGAAGGAGGACAAGACACUGCCCAAAGUUGCCAAGAUGCGGAGCGAGAAUGUCCCCUUAAGAGAUCAGUUUCGGGUCAUCCGCCGACCAAUCAGAUCCACGGGUUCUGCCCUGCAAGGAAAAGAGAAGAAGAAUGAGAAGAAGAAGGAAGAGGAGGAGGAGAGGAAGGAAGUGGAGGAGGAGGAGGUGGAAGGAAGAGGGUUGAGAGGAAGGGAAGGAAGAUCCUUUUGUGACAAGAACUUGGGCUUAUUAUGCCUCCUCUACAACACGAUGUCCGGGAAAGGCGACAGCGGCGGCGGUGGCAGCGGCAGCGGCACAGCCCAGAACAGGGACGACUACAACUCCCUGAACAGCCUGCGGGGGGGCGGCGGCGGCGGCGCUGGGGGAGGAGGCGGCCUGGGCGGUGGUUCAGCGCAGCCCCUCACUCCCUGCCCGUCAGCCGUGGAGUACAUCACGCCCGUCUUCGCCAGGAAUUACCAGGGCGUGUGGCGAUACGUGGUGCAGAUCCCCUACGAAGGAUAUUUCACGCAGACCGUCGAGGUGACCCAGUGCCUGUCAAGCCAGUGUCACUACAUGUCCGGGUCGUGUCUGGCUUCCCCGCGCUGGGUGUCGCUCCUGGUGGCGGAAGUUUACUACCCCGACGCCCUCUUCCCAGCUCGAGCCCCGCCGCCGGACCUGAGUCGGUCCGCCGUGUUUAAUGAAAAGCCUCCAAACUUCAAAACCGGUGGCGGAUUUCUACAACGACAAGGUGCUGGGGGGAGCGGAGUGGGGGGCGGUGUGGGGGGGGCAGGCCAUCAAAGAACGACCCCCACCCCGUCAUAUUGUGAUGGGCAGGACGAGAUCGGCUGCUUUCAGGUCCGUCUGUACUACGAUUGGUUCUUAAUUCCUGGUUCUUGCAAAUGUUGGAAGCAGGACUACUUCGCCUCCCUCGCAUACAGGAAAUAGAUCUCUCUCUCUCUCUCUCUCUCUCUCUCUCUCUCUCUCUCUCUCUCUCUCUCUCUCU